AGGCAGGCAGGCAGGGAGGGAGGGAGAGCGAGAAAAAGCGGACGGGCAGGAGGAGAUAGAUAGACGGAGAAAGAGAAAGGGGAGCAGGAAGAUGGUGUGUGUCCUGUCGGUGGCUGCCGGUGUGUGCUGGGCUGGGCUCAACGCGAAGAUGCAGCCAUGGGGGAUCCAGGCGGCUCCACUCCUUUGUGCAGCAUGAGCCAUGAGCCAAAGUCACCAUCGUUAGGAAUGAUCUCCACAGCGACCCGUACCACGGCGACGGUCAGCCCACUCACCCCGUCGCCCCUCAACGGCUCCAUCGUAGCCAAUGGAAGCCCGGCUACCCAGUCUGCUCACUCUGGAUUUGCUGCAGCCCUCCGUAAACUGGCGAAACAGGCCGAAGAACCUAGAGCUGCAUCCUCCAUCAGCAGUGAGUCCUCUCCUGUGUCCUCCCCAGCCACCAACCACAGCUCUCCAGUCACUACACCCAAGAGGGGUCCCCUCGGUCCAGGGCCUGUCCUGGUUCCCCCAGCAGGCCACAGCGUGCCAAAUACUCCACCUGUAGUCACCAUUGCUCCAACAAAGACAAGCAACGGCCUGUGGAGGAACGAGGGACGCCAGGCUGACUCGGGGCCUCGUGGGGCCAGCAGGGAACGUCUAGGUGCAGAGGGGACCCUCCCCCAGGAAAAGGGUGGCCCCUCAGUCCCUGCCCACCUCCUGGGAAACCCCUAUGCCUUUGGUCUCACCCCCGGUGCUGUCAUGCAGGAUUCACGUUUCCAGCCCCUCAAUCUGCCCAGACAGUUGCCUAAUGCAGUGCCCCCUGGUCCAGUACCAGAAGAGUACCUCCGUGGUUUCCGUCCCUAUGCCACGACUGAGGAUGCCCUUCGCAUGCCCUCUUUGCCCUUGGGCCUGGACCCUGCCACUGCAGCUGCCGCAGCUGCCUACUACCAUCCCAGCUACCUGCCCCACCCUUCCUUCACACCAUACAGGAUGGAUGACCCGUUCUGCCUUUCUGCUUUGAGGUCACCUUUCUAUUCAUUGCCAGCAGGGGGAGCUUUACCCCCCAUCCAUCCCUCUGCUGUUCACAUGCACCUACAAGGGGUCCGCUACCCUGGAGAUUUCACACACCCUUCACUGUCAGCACUGCAGUCUGAGAGGCUUCAGCUGGAGGAUGAGCUGCGGCAGAGAGAGAGGGAGCGCGAAAGAGAACGCGAGCGCGAAAAGGAGAGAGAGCGGGAGGUGGAGAGAGAGAAAGAGCGGGAGAGGGAACGAGAGCGGGAGAGAGAGCGGGAGAAGGAGUUGGAGAGGGAGAGAGAGAGGGAGCGUGAGCGCGAGAGAGAGCGCGAGAGGGAACGGGAGAAGGAGAGAGAAAGAGAGAAGGAGCUGGAGAGGCAGAAGGAGAGAGCACUGAGGGAGAAGGAACUGCAGGCUUCCAAGGCCAUGGAGAGCCACUACCUGGCCGAGCUCCAUGCCAUGAGGGGGCAGGAGGACCGAACCAAGCAUGAGAGACUCACCCCUAAUCGGGCUGCAGAUAAAACCAAAGAGCCCGCUCCUCCAGCUCCCAAACCAGUCCCGCCAGGACUCCACUCUUCAAUGGUCCAAUCACAUCAUCCUGUCCCUGGUCUAAUCUCAGGCCACGGCCUCUACAUGGGGCCGGGUGCCGUAGGGCCGGGGCUGUCUGCCUCAAUGAUGGCUCAGAGGACCAAUGAGGAGGAGAGGUGGUUGGCACGGCAACGCAAGCUGCGGCAGGAGAAAGAGGAUCGUCAGUACCAGGUGUCUGAAUUCCGCCAGCAGGUUCUGGAGCAGCACCUGGACUUGGGCCGGCCAGGUGACGCGCCAGAUCACAGGGCAGACUCGCACAGAUCCAUACCAAAUCACCAUGAACCAGGAAACCGGGACCUCCACCCUCACUUAGGCGCCCCUCCACCACUCAUCUCCCCCAAACCUCCGCAGCCACCACGUGAACACCACCCUCCGCCUCCCACCACCCUGUGGAACCCUGCAUCUCUUAUAGAAACAACGUCAGACUCCAGACGUAGCCACGAGCCCUCAGGGAUGGGACACUAUGAGCUCAGUCGGCUGCCGCCAGGGCCCUCGAAAUACGAGGACGGAGCACGAAGGAGAGAAGGGGGAGUAAUGGAGAAGUAUCCCCCACUGAGAGGUCCUCCAGGCCUGCCGGAGCCCAGCACAUUCCUCGCCGAUCUGGAGAAAUCCACCCAGUCCUUCUUCAGCCAGCAGAGGGCAUCACUGUCCCUGUCAAGCCAGUAUGAAUUGGAGGGAGUCAUGAAAAGCAAUGCUGGGCUAAAGAGCCUCCAGGGACACCCAGGGCACAGUAGACAUGGACAAGGGCUAGGAAUGGUCACUGGGCCAGGGAUGGGACAAGUAGCCGCACUGGGGAUGGGUCCAGACACAAUGCUGAUCUAUGACGAGUUCCUUCAGCAGCACCGAAGGCCUGUCAGCAAGCUAGACCUGGAGGAGAAGAGGAGAAGGGAGGCCAGGGAGAAAGGUUACUACUAUGAGCUGGAUGACUCAUAUGAUGAGAGUGAUGAGGAGGAGGUGAGAGCCCAUCUCAGGAGAGUAGCAGAGCAGCCCCCACUCAAAUUGGAUGACUCCACUGAGAAAUUGGACUUUCUGGGAGUGUUCGGCCUGACCACAGUGGGCCGGCGAGAUGAGCUGGUGCAGCAGAAGAGAAGGAAGAGGAGGAGGAUGCUCAGGGAGCGCAGCCCCUCACCACCUGUCUCGCAGUCGAAACGCACUCCUCCUCCUCCUCCCCAACUCAGCACGCGCUUCACCCCUGAAGAGAUGGACCGAGCGCCAGAGCUGGAGGAUAAGAAGCGUUUCCUCACUAUGUUCAGGCUGUCCCAUGUCACUCUACAGCAGAGGAGAGAUAAUGAAAGGGUGGUGGAGUUGCUUCAGGCCAUUAAAGAAAAGAGCGUAACCUUGGAUACCAUCAGACAUGCCCCUCAUCCGCUAUGUAAGAGCCCUCCAGCACAGAUCUCUGAUUCUGCAUUUGCCCAGCCUCCAUCUGAAUCAGAAGACCACCACAGUGUCAGAUCACAUAGCCCCCCCUCACAUUGCCCAGCGUCCCCCAGUGGCAAUCCAAAACCCCUUGGGGACACAUUAAGACCAAAGGAACCCCCUUCUCCAGCUGUCUUCCCAGACAAGGCCCGGGGGCCCAGUGAGGGACCGAUCCCUAAGAGGAGCUCCAGCCUGCUGAACAGUUUGCGGCCCCCGCUCCCCCUGCAGGCUAAAGAGGGCCCUCACAGCGUCAAUGGACGUACCAAACCCUGGGACAGUUUCACCCCAGAGGAAUUUGCCCAGCAGUUCCACGAAUCUGUGCUUCAGUCCACUCAGAAGGCUCUGCAGAAAAACAAAGGUGGAGCCACGGGGAUGUCAGAGUCGUCCCACCUCCAGGAGGCGUCUGUUCACUACAACAUUCCAGAGCUUCAGAGCACCCCUGGCCGGCCGCCACAGCCGCUUUCACAAUCUCACUCAAAUGCACAUUCAUUUCCACAUCCGCUCUCACACCCUCACCCUCAGCCCAACGGGCAGCACUCUGCACCCCUACACCGGGAGGCCUCAGGGACGAGGGAGGACCUGUCUGGUCCAGAUGACUCUGAGGAGGAGGAGGAUGAGGAGGAAGAGGAGGCUCCUGUGUCCAAGUGGCAGGGGAUUGAAUCUAUAUUUGAAGCUUAUCAGGAAUAUGUUGAAGAGCAAAGCUUGGAGCGACAAGUAUUGCAGAGCCAGUGUCGAAGACUAGAAGCUCAGAACUACAACCUCAGUCUGGCCGCUGAGCAGCUGUCUCAUAGCAUGGGGGAGCUGAUGUCCCAGAGGCAGAAGCUGGCAGUGGAAAGGGAGAAGCUACAAGCAGAGCUGGAGCACUUCAGGAAGUGUUUGACGCUGCCACAGACACACUGGCCAAGAGGCGGCCAUUACAAGGGUUACCCUCCCAGGUGACCCCAGCACGCCGACCUGAUGGCCCACGGCCGCCUCCCCUUACAGACUGUCACCCAGAGUUUAUUUUUCAUGGCCUGGUCCACAUAGCUCCAUGGAGGAGAAUAUGGCAGGCUAUAGAAACUGAAUGAAUGAAUGAAUGAAUGAAUGGAUACAUGGAUGAUACAGGACCAUACAGUGAAGGACAGGCAGCCUUUGGAUUGUGGCCAGCCAGGGACUGUGCCACAACCCACUAAUGCGUGCCAAUGUAGCCAACCCCCGAGAUCAGCGAGAGUAUGGGGCAGGAGUACCUGAAGAUCAACACAAACACACACAAAUACACACACACACACACACGCACGCACCUACGCACCUGCUCUUCACGUAGUCUUCAGCCCCUGCUGCUCUAUCGUUCAGUCCCUGCAUCCCUCGCCGCCACAGCUACACAGACAAUCCUGCCAAUGAGGGAGCAGCUACCCCAGGAGGGGUGUCGUCAAAGAGACUUGAACACUCCAAAGGCUUCUGGCCAGUCGGGACUGAUUUUUAUCACAGUGGCCAUGAGCUUUUGAACUGGAAAUGCACUUAAGAAGAAAAGCUGAAGAACUACCAGGUGGUACUGUGUUACAGCAAAGAACUGUUCAAAUUAGGGAAGAACUUAGAAAAUGCACAUUUUUGGAAAGAAUUAAGGAAAUGUUUUAUUUCGAAAUAGAAAUUUGAGAAUAAGAAUUUUAAAAGGUGCUUCAGCCUUGUAUUGUAUAUAUAAUAUGAAGACUUAAAAGAAUUUUGUAUGUUUUUAUUACUUUAAUCAUUGUUCUUUUAAAAGAAAAAGCCUGCCAUUUUUAUAUGUUUAUGCUUUUUUUGGGUUGGAAAAGAAAGCCUUGCUUUUAGUGUUUGUACUGCUGCUGGCCAGAACAGCUCAUUUUGAGACAUUUAACAGAGUGAGGGAGAACAGGAUCCACUCCUCCUACUCUCUCUCCCAGCACUGCGCAGCUGAGGCCCAGCCACAGCCACCUCAUCUGGCGUCUGAGCUCAGCAGAGCUUACUUAGCGGUCCUGAGACAUGGCUCCUGCCCUCUCAUCCCCCUUCCUUCACAGCAACACGUGUCUCUCUGUUUUAAUGCCCCUUUCAACAACUCCUCUGGUCAGCUUCACCGCUGCUGGCAUGACUAGUUAGCUUGUGAUAGUCUCAUACAGAAACCAGUUGAGAUCCACACUGACUUUUUUUUUUCUUUUGCUUUGGUCACUUGACAUACUUCAUUUUUUUUUUUUAAGACAUGAAGAGUCUCUUAAGCCGCCAGCUGAUGGAACUGGUUCUUGAUGCUUUAUCCUACCAUUGGACCUUUCACUUCACCUAUAUGGCAUUGGACUCAAACAAUAUGACGGUUUGCAUAAUGUUAUGCCUUACAAGAUCAAGCCCUUAUUAGCAGCCAUGAGAGGACCUAGUGCCAAAAUGAAAAACGGUAGCAUUUUGGAUUCUUAAUUUUAAAUCGAGUUGCAGUUAGGUAGCCAAACAUUCAAACCAGAAUGGCCAUCUUCCACUGCUUGAAUACAUUUGACCCCACUCGUCGUCUUCCUGCAUUUACCCGUUUUUAGGACUAGCCAAAGUUGCCAACACACUAUAAAAAAAUAAAUCACACACAAAAGUAGAUUCAAACUGGGCAUUUCCUGCUCUGUAUAAAAUCAGAAAGGUUUGAUUUACCUGGCCUCAUACAUGUUUACAACCUCUGCCUGCCCUUCAUCCUCCUCGUCAGCUCUGCACUGAGAUUCGAGUUUAACUCCCGACUUUCCACCCUGUAACUCGUGUUGCCUCAGCCUUAUGGUCGCAUGUGCAAUUGGAGACCAUCUUUGAGGUGUAUAAAUUCCAGAGGCUUCAACCCAGCUGCACAAGUUAUGGUGGGAUGGCUGGUGUAAAAAGAGUGGGGGGUGUCAGGAUUUUGAAAAAUGUAGUAAACUUUGAAAAUGUGCAUAAAGUUCAUUCAUUGAAAAGAGAAAAAAAAAAAGCACAACAACCCCCUACACACCAUAUAUUUAUUACAAGUGCCUCAAAAAUUUGGGAGCAU